GCUGCCCCUCCCCCAGCGACAUGUGGACGUGAGGCUCGGGCCCGGCGCUUCCGCAGUGAGAGAGCGACUUUCUCAGGCGAUUCGGGCGGCGGACUCGGAUUUGUUCUCGGUCUUGGACUCGGAGCGAGUUGGCGGUGAAGCAGUUGCGGAGACGAUGAUCACAUGAGUGACGGGGACUGUGGUGAAGCGGAGAGAGCGCGGCCCGGCCGGACUGAGUUUUGUGCUGUCAACUAUAUGUAAAAGAUGGGAGACAGGAAAUUAACAGAACCUACAUCGUUUUCAGAUAAUGACGAUUUUGAAGAUGGCGGACAAGUUUGGGUGUCAGGAAGGUGAAUCAUGCCACAGAACACCCACCUGUUCUUUCAGCCACAGUAUUUAUGUGGCUGGUCUACUUUGUGUUUCUGGUCGUUGGCGACUCCCACCCCCACCCCAGGAUGUUGAUGGCAAGGAACUAAUUAAUGAUGAUGCCAUUGAAUAUCAAGGGUGAAGAAAAUGAACAAGAACACGCUGAUAAUGGAUUGUUUGUUCCAACCACUGAUCAAAUUGACUGGUGCCCUAUCUGUCUGAACCUCUUUGUGGAACAAGAGGUAGCUGUUCCUGAGAACUGUUCCCAUGUUUUUUGCCUGAGGUGCAUUCUUACAUGGGCUGAAAAACUCAGUUCCUGCCCAAUAGACAGAAAACCUUUCAGUGUGGUGUACAAACAAGACAAUAUAAAGAGUAACACAAAGAUUCCAGUGAAGCAGUGCUUAAUUAAAAAUUCACGAGAGCAGAGGGAUAGCAGUAGUAAAGCACAUUAUGUUAGCGUCACAAGAGAACAUGACGGAAUAUGCACUUGCGUAAAGGACAGAUGCAUAAGGCACUGUGAUGACUGGGAACAAACUGAAUUUUGUGAAAAACAUAACAUAUCGAUCAUCACCUGCACCAAUAGGAGCAGGAGUCCCAAAAAGACUAAAAAUAAGGUCAACAGAAAAAAAUGUCACCAGCCAUGCGUGAGGAAUGAUCUGAACAGUUUCUCUCCACAGUAUGGGAAAUCGGAAAUGUCCCUUUCCCAGGCUGAAAACUGCACAGAGUUUGUUGACGUGUGUGAAAUUGCACCACUAAUCAGACAGAAGAGAAGAGGACCCGAGUCGCUUAGAUUGCCAUGGCGAAAUGCAUUUACUGCUCUAACAACAGAAAUGUUGAGGCAAGAAAUCGGCUUAAUUUCUGUUGGACACGAUGAAGCAGACACUGCUUUACCUCUGCGAGACCUGAUGUCAGGAACUACAUUUCUAUCAAACCCACUCGAAUUGGGACGUUCUGUUGAUUUUCCUGGCAUGAAGUGUGCACUUGCAGGCACCAGAGGAGGUGGAGAGAAAAAGAAUAAGUCUGACACAUCAGGUAGUGCAAAUGCUGGCAACUCUGAAUCUUCACAAGGCAGAAGAAGAUCAAUGCGCAUCAGCAAAGCAGAAAACGUGGACAAAUCUGCCAGCUCAUCUCAAAGGUCCCAGUCAGGCUCUGGUACAUCUGUUUCUAAAGCAACUCUGGAAUGUGCACAAACUCCACCUAAAAAGGCUGGAAAACAAAAGACCAAGAGGAAAUUAGAGAAUGAGCAAAGUAAGACUCCCUCUGAGAAAAAGAAAACCAGAGUCACCCGUAGUUCCUACAAAAAAUCUGAUUCUAGUAGUUCUGACCCAAACGAUAGUCCUAUUGUCAGUGAAACGGAGCCUCAACCUCUUACACCUAUCUCCACCGAAAAGCAGUUGAUAGCUUUGGAUAAUAGUAAUCCAAGCCAUUUAUCAGCUAAUGGCUGUAGUGAAAAUAUUAAUUCAAUAGAGAAGGAUAAAGAGGAAGAAGUUACUGAAAAAGAGCAGAGUCAUGGAGAGAAUAUAAACCCAUGUGCUGAUGAUGAGGAAAGUGUACCAAUUACUGACCCAAUUAAUGUUGAUGAAGCACGAAAUUCAAAUCUUCCAUCAUCUACUGAUGAUGAAGAUUUUAUGGAACUUAACUCGGGAAACUCCACAAAACAAACCGGCAAAGAAAUGGUUGACACGGAACAGUAUAACUUGAAAGAUCAGAUGUGUUCAAUCAAUGCAGAUGUGCCCUGUACCAGUGUGUCUAAUAAUGAUAAAGAUACUAGUCCCAUAACAUGUCCUGAAAGUCCAUCAAUUGAAGAUUAUGAUGAGAUAGAAAGUAAGGCACCAGCAGAAGAUGAAUAUUCUGAGCAACAUAGAGAGGCAGAAUUUACUGAGAGCGUGGGAAGUCCUGAACAAGUACUUGCAUGUAUGGAUGUUACUGAAAAGCUGUCAAUAGCUAAAAGUACAGGAAUACACGUUGAUGCUACCCCCUCCGAGGAAGGAAUGUCAUUGGAAAAUACUGAUGCUGAGCUGAAUAGAGCUGAAUGUGGAGAAGUUAAGGAUGAUCCAGCUGAGGGAGACCAUAAAUCUGACUAUAAUAGUGAUAUUGAUAGAGAGGUAUCUGAUGAAAUUCCUAGAAAACCCAUUGGCAGUGAUGACCUGAUGGAUGAAAUGCCUUUGGAAAAUAUUAAACCUGAGCAGCUUAAAAAUGAGGAACCUCCUGAACUUUUAGGCUCUGAGGAGGAAUCUGAUUGCAGAAGUAGCCAUCAAUAUGCUGAGGCACCUAGAAUAUAUGUGGAAGAUAACAGCCCAAAGCAUGAAAUAACCUCGGAGAAUUUAGAGCAGGAGCAGUUUGACAUGGAUUCAAUGAAAGCUUUAAAUGUACCGGAACAUAUGUCUGAUUGUAAAAUAGGUAUGGAUGAGCAAUUACCACAUGCAGAUCAAAGCAAGGACAAGGAGAUUGUUGGCUUGAAGUCUGAAAUAGUCUCCAGGAAUAUUGGAUCUCAAUCUGAGACGGAGCUAAGUGGAGUUUCAAGUAAUCCUAAUCAAGCAUCUGAUCCAAAGAGUGGCUUUGGUCAGCAGUCAUCUGAUGAAAAUCUUGGGGAGGCUAUGGAGGGUGAAUGCUUAAAAAAUGAACCAUUUUCAGAUGUGCCAAGCCAUGUUCACGAGACUAUGGAGACGCAUGACGAUAAAAAGGCUGAAACUGAGUUGCUUAUUGAAGGGAUCUGCAGCCGUGGUCCUGCGGACUUUAAUGUUGAUAACAAUGAGGUGGUGGCUAUGGAAUGCGAUUCGCCUAUCAAUGACAAACAAAUACCUGAAACAGAACCUGAAUUUCAAAAAAACUCAAAAGUAGGUGGAGAAGUAAAUUCUACUUUAUCCUUGGGUAUAAGUCAUGAGCCACUGCUGCCUGAUGCUUCUGCUGAAAAUAUCAAUAAGGAAGGACCUUUUGAAAUCGAACUUGAGAAAAAGUCAGAACAGAAAGAGAAAGAUGUUCCACGUCGGAAAUCUAGAUUCCAUGCAGCAUCCACAACAUGGUCUCCAGAAAUGGAAAAAAAACAUGAGCCUAAGAGGUCUGGAUCAAAGUCGGAGGGAAUGUCCUUGCCCACAGCCGAAGGAAAAUAUAUGCCCACAGCCGAAGGAAAAUCCAUGUCUACGUCUGAAGAAAAAUCCAUGCCCGUGCCUGGAGAAGGUUCUGCAUCCAAAUCACAGGGAAGAUCUAGUUCACGUGGGAGAUCUGGGUCCAAGUCGAGGGCAAAUUCCAGAUCCCGGGGAAGAUCGAGGUCCAGGUCCCGGGGAAGAUUGAGGUCCAGGUCCCAGGGAAGAUCGAGGUCCAGAUCCCGGGGAGGAUCAAGGUCCAGGUCUCGGAGAAGAUCGAGGUCCAAGUCACGUGGAAGAUCAACGUCCAAGUCACGUGGAAGAUCAAGGUCCAGGUCUAAAAUAAAGGGAAAGUCUAGAUCACGGUCACAGGAAAGGUCCAGAUCCAGGGGUAGGUCCAGAUCUCACUCAUGGGGAAAAGACCAUCAUAGUCGCUCCGACAGAUCUGCACAUGAGCGAAUUCGUUCAUUGGGGGAUGAUGGUGACCAAAAUAUCCAAACGUCUCCAUCCCACAAGAAAAGAUCCAGAUCUCCAAGUAAAGAAAAAGGAAAGGAUGAAACUCCAAGUGAAAGUGGGAAGAAAGAAUCAGAAGCAGACAGAGGAAGAAAAGUUAGGCAGCGUUCUAGGUCAAGGUCUAGAUCCAGGAAAAGAUAUUUUUCUGGAGAUAAAGAGGAUAAGCCUGGGGUUUCUCCAGGAAGAAGAGACAGAAAUAUGGAUGACAGCUGGAGAAAUGCUCGGGGAAAGGAUAGAUUCAGAAUGAAUGAGUGGGAUAGACCAAGGGGAUUUGAUAGUUUCCGAAAAGAUAACAGGUAUAGAGAAUUUCAGCAAAUGGGUAGAUACCCAAAUGAGCAGCCAGCUGUAGAUACGAACGAGUAUGUAGAUGAUAGGAACCCGGAGUGGGUAACGGAACAAUUACAACCUUCAUCUGAUGUUCAGACAAGAGAAAAUGAAUUCAAGAAUGAUGCCAAGUGGGAUGAAAAUAGAUACGAAAGAGAUGAUUCUUGGGGUAAUAGGAACAUUGCGCCAGGCUGGAGGCGUGGUCGUGGGCGUUUUCGGGGAGGAUCAUUUCGUGGUGACCAAAGUGAAAUUCCAUGGCAAAACCGGAGGUCAAAUUUCUCAGGCGAAGAGAAUAAUUCAGGGAAAUACCAGGGCACUGGGCCACGUAGGUAUGAUCAGCAACCUAGCAAAUGGGGAGACGAUUCAAAUCCAUCUUCUGACGUCCGUGACCGUUCCGGGUGGUCUUCUUUCUCAAGUUGGAACGCGAGGAAAACUCUUCCAGCAGAUGUACAAAAUUAUUAUGCAAAUAGGGGAAGGCAGUCUUCAGGCACGCAGUCAAGCUGGCAAGGAUCGGAGGCGGAACAGUACCAGCCUACAACAGAGCCAGCAGAUUCAUCGCAAGGGGCAUCAGCCUUCAGUGACCAAUCAAAUCAACAAAUGAAUGGCUCUCAACAAGCUGUUAAUGUUAUGCAGCCUGUUGUAGCACAAACACUGAAUCCCCCACCAUCCCAAACGAUGGGUGUCUUUCCUUAUCCAUUGAAUGUUCAUCCUCCUUUAAUGCAUUUUCAUAAUCCCUAUAUCCACCCGCCUCCCCCAAUGAAUGUGCAUGCAGGAAUAUCGGCAGUGCCACCACCAACUGCUGCGGGAAAUCUCCCAAACAGCCCACCCCCACCACCACCUCCACCUCCACCCUCUCAGUCAGUGAACUACGCAGUACAACAGCUUGACCUGACGCAACCUCAGACCAUCCCUCCUAGUGGUACGUCUGAAGUGGAUUUGCAGACCAGUGCUGCGAGUGUACCCAUUCCAGCCGAAGGCUCGAGCAAGGCAGUGCCUGUUUCACUUCCUCUCGAUAUUUCUUCUUCUGCCUUUCAGUCUGUCCAACAGGUCUUUGCAACUCUUUCAACUGCAAAGACUACAAUGGAAAAAGAAAGCCUGAAGGAAGAAUUUGAAGUAGAAAAGCCCAAAAAGGAGAAGAAAUAUACUGUUCAGGAAAGAGCUGUAGAUGAGGUAAAACUAGCCAUCAAGCCUUAUUACCAGAAGAAGGACAUUACCAAGGAUGAAUACAAAGAGAUAGUCCGCAAGGCAGUGGAUAAGGUUUGCCAUAGCAAGAGUGGUGAAGUAAUCCCAGGAAAAGUAGCAAACUUGGUAAAAGCAUACGUAGAGAAAUAUAAACAUGCAAGGAAAGGAAACGCAAAGCCCGAAGAAUCCAGUAUCAUUGGGAACAAGUCUUUUUAAACAAUAUAAAGAUAUAGCAGAUUGAUUACCAGUGUUAACAUGAACCCAAAAUAGAAUGAUGAGUAGGAAAUUUGUUUUCCAUUGGUUCAUAUAAUUUUUCCUACGGAGAUUGUGUUUUUUUUUUUUUUUAAACUGAUGCAUUUGGGACACCACAAUAACAUGAAAUGAAAGCAUGCUGUUGUUAGUUCAAUGGAGUUGCAAGGAUAAUAUGAUCUGUCCUAUCCACUCCUGUGGGCUCUCCGUAGAUCGGCUGUAUAAAUGUGAUAUUUGUUUAGAUGAUUUCCUAAUGUAUCAAAUUAUCUCUUACUGAUUCUUUUUUGUUAACUAGUUAAGUGUUUUUUGUAAACAGUUUCUAUGCUGUACAAAUGCCUCCAGGUUUAACUGGAAGCAUUGGAUCAUGUAGCUGCACUGAAGACUGGCAACUGAGGCUGUUCAGCUAUUUUAGUGCAUUUAGGGUCUAAACAAAAAUGAUUAACUCUGCUAGGACUGUUGCUCAGUGGGAAAAUGUUUGAUAAAAGAUUUGAUUCUAUAGUUUCAUUUUUGAGAAAAGCAGAAAAGAAUGGUUUAAAAUGUGAUUGGAGUAUUCUGUAAUACUUAACCUCCACACCAAAAUAAAUUUUCUGCUGCUUGUCAAAACAGUUUCUGGGUCUUGAUGAACAUGUAUAUGGGUUUAAAUUUAUUGAAGAUCAGAUGAGAAAUUUGUACAUCUACUCCAGACGUGGAAUCCUUUGUAAAAGUAUUUUUGUUUGAUGUCCUGGUGAUGGUUUUAGAGUAGUACAUUCCAUUAGGUACUGACAUUGUUCGGCUAACUUUAAACACAAUGAAUUAGUAUGGCAACGGCCGAUUCAAAUACUGGGGUUGGAUCCUGUAUUGUAUUGCCUAUAUAACUUACAUAUUGAAUGAAGCUUAUUUUGGUAUUAUCAACAGCUUGAGGUCUGUAUUUCUACAGCUUCCAAAACACUAUUGUCAGCAGUGCUUAAUUGUUUUUUAUAUUAUAGCUGAUAAUCAUGUAGAACAAUAUCACAUGCCUGCUAGUUGUUGUUUAAUGGAAUCUUGUAAUACAACAUCAGUUGUUCCUCCCCUCCUUUUUCAUUUUCUUUAUGCCCCUCCUCUGGAUUUCCUUUAAAUCCUUUAGGUUAUAUCAAAUACCUUUCACAUGCUUGCAUUUUGGAUAAGAGGACUAGCAUAUUUUAUAUUGGCAAUACAAUUUAUUGAAAAGCCACACACUUCAUUCAAAAAUGUACUAAUGAAAGGAAUGAGUGUGAGAAAUCAUUAAUUCCAAGAAAAGGUUGGUAAAUUUUACAUACGGUAAAAGUGCAGGAUUAACAUUGCGAAGGUUUUCAGCCUAUUUGAAGGUAUACAUGCAAAGUUAAGUGUAUACAUUAAAAACCGCCUAACAUGUUAA